UCACUUGAGCUCAGCCUUCAGGUUGUCAGGGACUUGAACGGAGGACAGCUCAGUCAAAUGAUUUGACUCUUAAACUUAUAUUCAAAUAACUUCAAAGUAGGCACCCCAAAAAAAAAAAAAAAAAAGCAAAGCUGAACCCCCAGAAUGGGCUGCGUCCAAAGCUUCAGGGAAUUCUUUGAUCGUCCCAAAAAUACAAAUGUUCGUCUGAGUCUUCCGGCGGUGUGUAUCGUGUGGCAAACGGCCAUGAUCAUCUUGUUUGGGGUUUUUAUUCGUUAUGACGAGGAGUCCGAUUCACACUGGACAGAGCACAGAAAAGAAGCAAACAUAUCAAGUGAUAUUGAGAAUGACUUCUAUUUCCGAUAUCCAAGCUUUCAGGAUGUCCACGUGAUGAUCUUUGUGGGCUUCGGCUUUCUGAUGACCUUUCUCAAGCGCUACAGCUUCGGUGCCGUGGGUUUCAACUUCCUCAUCGCAGCUUUUGGCAUACAAUGGGCAUUGCUGAUGCAGGGCUGGUUCCACUCCCUGGAUUACACUGAUGGAAAGAUCAAGAUUGGUGUCGAAAAUUUAAUCAAUGCAGAUUUCUGCGUAGCGGGCUGCUUGAUCGCCUACGGAGCCGUGCUGGGUAAAGUCAGUCCAGUCCAGCUGAUGGUCCUGACUCUCUUUGGCGUCACAUUGUUCGCUGUGGAGGAAUACAUCAUUCUCAGUCUCAUCCAUGCCCGAGAUGCGGGAGGCUCCAUGGUGAUCCACACAUUUGGCGCUUAUUAUGGCCUCGCCAUCUCAUGGAUGCUCUAUCGACCCAACCUGGACCAGAGUAGUCGUCUGCAGGGUUCAGUCUACCACUCAGAUGUCUUUGCUAUGAUAGCAGGUACUAUCUUCCUCUGGAUGUUCUGGCCCAGUUUCAAUUCAGCCAUCGCCGACCACGGGGACGGUCAACACCGAGCUGCCAUCAACACCUAUCUGGCGUUGGCUUCAACAGUGCUCACCACUGUCGCCUUCUCAAGCCUCUUCCAGAAGCAUGGCAAAGUAGACAUGGUUCACAUUCAGAACUCCACCCUGGCUGGCGGUGUUGCAGUGGGAACUGCAGCAGAGUUCAUGCUCAUGCCCUACGGGUCUCUGAUAGUUGGAUUCUGCUGUGGUAUCAUCUCCACAUUGGGUUAUAUUUUCCUCACGCCGUUUAUGGAGAAGCACCUGAAGAUUCAGGACACGUGCGGAAUCCACAACCUCCACGCCAUGCCCGGGCUCAUCGGUGGCAUUGUGGGUGCGAUUACUGCUGCAGCUGCAUCCAACUCUGUGUAUGGUAAAGAAGGUCUGAUUAACACCUUUGACUUCGAGGAUGAUUUUAAAGAGAUGACACCCACGCGACAGGGUGGUCACCAAGCCGCAGGCAUCUGUGUGGCUGUCUGCUUUGGUGUAGGUGGAGGUAUCAUAGUUGGUUUUAUUUUAAGGUUACCCAUCUGGGGGGACCCGGCCGAUGACAACUGCUUUGACGAUGAAGUCUACUGGGAGAUGCCUGAGGAGGAGGAAAGUAUUCCACCAGUCCUGCAGUACAACAACCACAUGCUCAGCAAAGACGUAACUGAGUCAAAUUUCACCGUGGAGCAGAACUAACCCAACAUCUCGAUUCUGAGGUUUUGGUGUCCUUUGCUACCCCCUUUUCAUUCUCUUGGUAGACAAUAACAAUAAUAAUAUUUAUUGGUCUUCCGACCAAUAUAUUUCUGUAAAAUGCAAAAUAUGUCAAGUGAAGAAUGUAAAUCAAAUGUGAAAAUAUCAAAUAUGAUCAUAUUAUGAAGUUGUAUGGUUCAAUUUGCACAAAGUGUAAUGGAAUAUUUACACAAUGCCAGUUCACAAUAUGAAUUUGGACAAUUUAGGACGUAAGUCACGAUGAGGCCAUUAGCUUAUUUCCUUCCUCAGCUCAUGUUUGAUUUGUUGGGAAUUACAGAUCUCUCACUGGAAUUAUUACGUUGUUGUUUGUGCCGAAUAAAAUGUUGUAUGUGUGUUGAAAGGAGAAAUCAGAAUAGAUCUCUCACACUGUUUUUGCAUUCUUCUGUCAUUGUCAUCGGGCUGUUGGAUGCAUGAAAACUGCCACACAAGACAUCGUCGUCAUCAUCAUCAUCAUCAUCAUCAGGUUGAAAUGAUAAGGUCCUGCUUUAGCCCAAAAUAACAUGUACUUCUCCCACGCACCCACAAAAAACGUACUGAUUUUCGUGAGUUUCUCUUGUGUGUGUGUGUGUCUCUGAGUGCGUGUUUGUGAGACAGAGAAAGAGAAUGAGGGAGAGAGAGAGUGUGUGUGGGUUUUUUGUCUGCAAGUGCUUAAUGUUAUUUUUGGCCUCUACUGUACCUUAUAUAAAAGUCAUAAACUUAAAUAUGAACGAUUGUAAACAUGAUUAUCCUGUUUUCUUUUCAUUGUAUGUAAAUAAAGUAUUUGCAACACA